AAGGGAGACGUAAGCGGUCCAUUCAUUUUCAGUAUACCCGAUACAUUGGUAACUCGCCUUGAAGUGCCUUACGCGUUUAGUUUCAGAAUUACAAGACCGUAGGAAACGGAUAAGGGUCUGCAAAAUACGAAAAGGACACUUCCCAAUUCACAAUCUCUUGGUGCAGCAGGAUGGGGAAACACAACAGCAAGCUGGCCCCAGAGGUGCUGGAAGACUUGUCCAAGAACACAGAGUUCAAUGAAGUCGAGCUCAAACAGUGGUACAAAGGCUUCCUGAAGGACUGCCCCAGCGGUAUCCUGAACUUGGAUGAGUUCCAACAGCUCUAUGUCAAAUUCUUCCCAUACGGUGAUGCCUCGAAGUUCGCCCAGCAUGCCUUCCGGACCUUUGACAAGAAUGGGGAUGGCACCAUUGACUUCAGGGAAUUCAUUUGUGCCCUGUCCAUCACCUCACGGGGAAGUUUUGAGCAGAAACUCAAUUGGGCCUUCAACAUGUAUGACCUGGAUGGAGACGGCAAGAUCACACGUAUGGAGAUGCUAGAGAUCAUUGAGGCAAUAUACAAGAUGGUUGGUACAGUGAUCAUGAUGCGGAUGAAUGAGGAUGGACUAACUCCACAACAACGUGUGGACAAGAUCUUCAGCAAGAUGGACAAAGACCACAACGAUGAAAUCACCCUAGAGGAGUUCAAAGAGGCGGCCAAGAGCGACCCAUCUAUUGUCCUCCUAUUGCAGUGUGACAUGCAAAAGUAAGGGAGAGAGGGGGACAGAGAGGGGGAGUUGGAGAAAUGGAGUUGGGAGAGAGAGAGAGUGAGACUGAGAGUAGUGAAAGGGAGAGGUAAAUGGAGAAGCAGACUGAAGGAGUGAUGUAGCUGGUGUGGAAAAAAAAUGUACAGAAAAGUGAAGAUAGGGAAAGAUAAAAAUAAAUGGGAUGAGGUAGCUAAGGAGAGGAAGUAAUGUGGGCAGUGACAGGUGAACAAUGUGUGUCUGUGUGUAAGUGUGUGUGUGUGUGUGUUGCUUUUAGUGAUGUAUUGCCUUUCCCCCACCGUCAAUCAGCUGAUUAAUAUCUGCCUUUGAGUAGAGUGGACCAAUCAUGUUUCCCUUCCUCUCUCCCAGCUGUAAGCAGACAGAUUAAGAGUUAAUUUGAAGAUAGUGACGUGUUAAAGCAGGGCAUGGGACUGGCCACCCCUUCAUUUCAGCCGUGACUUGUGAUGGUUUCAGAAUCUGAGCAGCUGCAGAGAGGACAAUAUUAAUGGGUUCUUAUGAAAGACAAGGUUACCCUCCCCCAUGAAUUGAGUGAAACUGCACUUCUGCAUACCCACACAUCUGCAUACCCUUUCAACCUUCUGGAAAAGGCACCACAGAAGAUACUGGUGGGAACUAAAAUUACGAAUGGCUUGUCUAAUGAAAUAGAAUUACUUUCACCAUAAAAUGUCAGAUAUUAGCCAGAUAGAAUGCAGUCCCAUGCAGUAAGCUAAAUGACACAAACAUUCUCUAAUAAAAGCCAAGUCAAAAAUAAAUGUAGCUUCACUCCCAUUGUGAAGACAGGCGACAAUGACUAUGUUUGCACUGAAAUGGAGCCGUAUGAUGACACUGGUUAUGACCACUCUCUUGCCUGAAUGUUCUUGAAAUGUAAGCAGUCUAUACCCUAUUACAACAGCCACCCCUUGACUAUGUAGGUUCUAGCUAACUAUGUUAGUGCUUGCAAUACUUUCAGAAAAAUAACUGAAUUCACAAUUUAGUGUGUAGGCUAAUAUGGUGAAGUUGAUGGUCUGCAGUUAGUGGUUGGAACUAACAGCGUACACAGCAAAGGAACUGCUCUGCCAAAAUGGAAAAGUCAGUUGAACUGUAAGAGUUUGCAUUUUUGUUUGGUUUUGAAGACACAACAAAGAUAACUAAUAGCAGGCCCAUUGUUAUAUUCAUCUAGCUACCUCGUUUCCCCACUGUCGGGAAGUUGCAACACUAUUGAGAAGUUGCUAUACUUACUAUUGUCCAAUCUAUUUCCAAUAGGGUAAUGACACCUAGGUUACACGGACUCUGCCCCAUUUGACCACACCACAGUGGUGGAGGCCUAUCAGCCUAUCAACUCUAAAAUUGGUGACACAAAAUAUCAUAAGGAUUGGUAGAAGCUGGCAGCUUAUUUCAUAGGCUUGUCUGCAGAGAGAAAACAUUGUUUAUGUCCCUACCUAAAUGAUGACAUGAGUUAGCUAUGUAAUGCACAAAUGUAUGAAUGUCAUUGUGGCAAAUAUAGUGCACCUAGUUUUUGAAGCAAAUCAACUAUUAUUGGAAUUUUUUACAGUAACUUCACUUUUCAGGGUUAAAGCAUUAAACAAGAAUAUAAAGUGGAGUUCUAUGAUGUUUAUUUGUCAAACACUGGAAACAAAGUAGAAUGUACCGUAACUGUAAACACAAUAGAUAUUGAAUCCAUACUGCACACAGAGAACCAUUCAGUACAUACAACAGUCAGACAUGUAACACUGCCAUGUGCUGGGAAACACAGGAGCUUUGCUGCUCUCCCUACUAAAGAAGAUAACAACAAAAUGACUAAAACAAACAUGUCAAAACAGAAGGAUAAAUUCAGAUAUGAGAAUUAUAUAGUCGACAUUAUGAAUGGUGAGAGAAAAUUGAAGACAGAAUUAUGCAGGCCUUAAAGUUUAGAACGUUAUGAUACCAAGUUCUAAUAUAUGAUAUAUAUGAUCUAUGAAAAAUGUAUGAUAUAUGAAAUUUAUCUCUGGUAUCUCUGUCCACCAUUCAGAAAGAGAAGAGAAUCGUUUCUGUUUUAUUUUUUUAUAUUCAUUUUGUUUAUUAUUAUUUUAUUUAUUAUAUGUAUGACAUGUUAUAUAUUUAUUUUAUUUUGUCCAUUUUAUUUAUUUCAUAAUUGUUUUAAAAUAUACAUCAGAAUAGUUAUCAACACAUAUAAUAAACAGUACAUAUUACAUACAUUGGUGAACAUAAAAUGUGUGUGUGUGUGUGUGUGUGUGUGUGUGCGCGUGUGUGCGUGCGUGUGCGUGUGUGUGUGUGGGUGUGUGUGUGUGGGUGUGUGUGUGUGUGUGUGUGUGUCAAAUGUAGUCAAUACAAAUCUUGGCCAGUCACUUUAUAUUCUAUUGCACAUUUUAAAACAAAAGGAGUUGAACCAAAAUGUUUUCCAGUCAAGGUAACUACAUUUACAAACAAAACUAAGUAAAUGAGUAAAAUGAAUAAGAGUUAAAUGGCCAAAACUAAAAUGACAGACAAAUAAAAUGAACAUAAAAGAUAAAAAGAAAUAGGAAUUAAAAGGGAAAAAAUUAAAUGAACAUGAUAGAUGAGCAAGCACACUUUUGAAUCAAAAGAAAACGGGUAAGAAGAGAAUGGCAUAAAACCACUGAUUGAAUAGAACACAAUAAAAGAGCAACAAAAUUGAAUGAGUGAACUUGACCAAAUAAAGACAGAACGACCCCAGACUGAACUAAAAGCACGACCUCAAACCAAACUAAAAUGCAACUAAAAGGGACAUGUAGUUAAAACCCAGUCCAAGAUCGCAGCAGAGAUCAUAUAAAACGUUGGUUAUACUGUAUGUACUGUUUAUCAUAUGAGUGUGUGUGUGCACAAUGUAAACUAAUUUACACACUCUACUGAGGCAUACACCAGUUGCAGUCACACACAUUGUUUGUAGUUUCUACUAAUCACAUUUCUGUAACUAGAGUGUUUUCUUGUAUGGUUCUACAUACUCAUAUUCCUGUGAGUCGUCUCAAAAUCGAAUUUAUCUUAUUAGCGUGUAUGGUCUGUAUGAAACUUCAUUGCAAAUUUAGAAUGCAACCUUAUUAUAACAGAGAGAUGAUCUGAAGUAGAUGAUACAUUUCUUUCGAUGUCAUCCACCUUUGACCUCUUCUCUCUGUUCUCCGAGCUGGUCACCUGGUUUGUGUUGAACUUUGGAAGCGCAAAAAGGGAAUUAGGCAAGGUAGACACCGAAACUCAUCUGAUCUGUCAUCUGAUAGUUUCCGAAAUGUCCUUAAAUUAUUUGCUUGGUUUAUUCGCCAUUUGGGAUUAUUCACAUUGCAAUGGAUAUGAAAUAUUACCAGGGGCGCCUCACCAUUAGGGGCCGGUGCAUGUUUAUUACAUACGCUGGUAGCAUUGUCCGAUACAUCCCAAAUAACUUCCUGUAACGGUUGAGAAAAGGUCAGUCCUUGCUGUCUUCCUUUGCUGAGCAUGGGGCCAGCCGGCCAGUUUAACCAGAUCAUUUCUAAUAGAGGGCUCUGGUUUAACCAAGUUAGCAGUUGAAAACACUAAGGUUGCUACCUUUUACUGGCUAUGGUUGCUACACAGCUAUCCAUUGUUAUUCAUCACAGUUAUGCUAGCCACUUCUUAUAGAAAGACAAUAUAAUGAAGCAAGUUGAAAUGAUAACUUAAAUGUAGUACCUUGCCAUUAGAGCAACAAUUAGAGAUUGCAUGUUUGGGAACACACCAGCCAGAGGAUAUGAGCAUCAUUCAGCCUGGAAAGGACAGAAAACGCUCUAGGUCAGUUUUAUGGCACUGCUAGUGUCACUGCUAAACUUCAUACUCGCUACGGCAAUGGCAACUGCAGAGAGAUACUUUUCAAUGUUGAAAAGGACUUAGACAUGUACAGGAAAUACCAUGGGGCAACAGAGGUCAAAUACACUUGCUAUCAAUUAUGAUUUCAUGGAUUGACUGAAAAGUUAUUGAUAAGUUUGCCCAGAUGAAAGAUCGUCACGCAUCAUUUCUUUUCAAGCGAGUCUUUUGCAUUAUUACAAGUGUUGUUUUCGCUGUAGGUAAGGACCCCAUAAAGCAAUGGGUUUCCCUGCUCUGAAAUGUGGAUGUGUUAUUACAGUUGCAGACCACAUUGAUUGUAUACUGCUUGAUAACUCCUGCACUGUGGUACAUUAAUUUGUGGUAACAUUUGUGAUUUUAUUGAUGAGAUGUGUUCAUUGAGAAAGUACAUUUGUGUGUAGUUUCACUGACGAGUCGGAUGCUACCCGUACAGAGUUUAAUGUGCCCCACCAGGCCUUCCGUGGUAGACUGAAUAUUACGUGUUUCACUGACGUCUUUGCGGUUUCCCGGAAAUGAUUAAAUUAUCAAAUGAAGUCACUCCAUUGAAAGAAUUGUCCUUGUGCAAUCAAUACUUCUCUCUUGGUCUUCUGUUGGAGGGUGGCUGUUGUAUGUACUGUUUUGCGUAUUUUGUAAAUUAUUAUGCUUUGAAGACGACCUUGAUGAUUUUGGUUUAUUGAUUGAUAAGCGCAUAUAUAGCGGAUUCUGUUUUCACAGCAUAACUGUACUGAUACAUGCCAGCAAAGCGAAAUGCUUGCUUGGCUUUGAGUGUGGAAAUAGCGUAACAGACUGGACUAGCGAGUUAGUUAGCAAGAGCGCCAGGUGCUAGGCUAUCUAGUCACGUCUUUAUAUCAGAACUGUCAUUCUGUUAAAGUAAGCACAGGAUUAAAUAUCUAACAUACCAGGAACAAAAACAACCCCUUACAAGGCCUUCCAAGCUUUUCUUUUUAGCAAAUUAAACGACUGAACGACGCCAUAGCAAUUCUACUCGUCUCCUCCUUUCGUCCCAGCCGCUUGAGGCCAGCCUGGUAGAGGGAUAAAGACAGGCUGGGGAGGGGGGAGCUUAAGUGAGACAAGAGAAUCCAGAGGCAGGCAGAUCAUUCAUACACAGAAUCAAAUAAAUAUUUUAAAACAUACAAUAUAUUAGCAUACAUGGAGCAGAUAUACAUCAGGCGUACAUACAAGUUGCAGGGUGUAUAUAGCAUUAUGUUGCUUUGGAUAAAAGCAUAAAAACCUGGCCUUUAACUUUUACCUUUUUUACGCCACAUGGGUGACACUCGACUGAUCUCUCCAACUCAUAACAGAAAUAAUAAUUAAUAUUGAGAAUAAUAGGAAUAAAAACAAUGACUAAUUAAAGAAAGCCUGAAAUAUUCUCAUAAACAACCCAUAAACAAAUUAUAGGGAGGAGGAAUAAAACUUCUAUGGAGCUUAAACAGAAGUUGAGUAACCUUAGCUUAUCCACCAGUUAGAUCCGGUCUGAAUUUUGUGUGUUUGGGAGACAUUUGUCUGUAGAUCCCUUACAGUAUGUGCUUGAGUUGUGUAUUUUUCCUUCAGCCACAUCAUUCAUUAUGGAACACACACACACACACACUCCUGUUAUACCAUACUAUUGGAAAUUACAUUUUGCUACUCUAACUCUUCGUUCACACCAGAAGCGGCGAGGCUGUCAAAAUGAAUUCUAGUUUCCCUGCCAACAAUGCCUUGAAGCUAGUAGGCCAGCUAGAAUGUUCAGGAACCUUUACACAUUUUGGUAUCACACAUACACACACUUUGUGCUUGCUUAAAUUUUGAAUGAGGAUUGCUGACAACAUUAUACUUUGCAAAUGUUCCUCCCUAAGUGUAGCCUAUGAACUAAGCUAAUUUGAUCAGUAUAUAUAACAUUCUGUAGUAACAACAACAAUUUCGGACACCCUGUUCAUUUGGUUGGUUUUCCAUAUCACACAUACAGACCUGGGAAACAAGUCCUAAACAACUCCAAACACUAAAUCUCUCAUCUUUGUCAUUGCAGACAAUAAACAGAACAAAUGUUUUGUGGGAACUAAGGGUCAUAUAGGCUUUGUUUUCUAAUUUUGAAUUGGUUGCCGCCGAGCUGUGUCAUAGCUCAUUACCAUAAAGUUGUCUGGACCUCAACUUCAUUCUAACACCCACACUGCCCAAGACCUACCACCAGUGGUCAUGCUGCUGCUCGCCACAGAGAGACGCUGGUUCACAUAGAAAAUGAAAGGCUUUCAGUGGCUUUGGCGCUCUUGCUGCCAAAGAGAAAUCAAAGCCUGGCAGUUUGCCUGGUGUAUGACGUGUCAAAGACCAAAUGUCUGUGACUGUGAGAGAGUGUGGAAAUAAUUAACAUGACUACAAUUAAGUGAACAUAGUGUAUGUUUUGUUUACGGGGGAAACAUUGCAUUUGAUAGUAGUAGGCAAAAUGUGCCAGACUACCUUUGACAAAAAUAAGAGGUAGGUGCUCAGAAAAGGAGUUGCAAGCAGAAAAAGUUGCAGCAUAUGACAAGCUGAGUAUAUGUAUAAAUCUACCCAACAAGUACCCUAUCUCUCAACUUACUGUAAGGGGAUAAAUGUGCUGUUUGUGCAACAUGAUUCUUUUCUGCUAUGUUCAUGUGGAGUGUUCUCUAUAUCUAGAAGCUUCUAGAACAAAAAUAUGUAAUUAUUUUUGUUACUCUGAAAAUAAACACAGUGAUGUUCGAUUGAC